CUGUUUGGUUCUGAAGUUCUGAGUCGGAGGGAAAGUAUGGUGGGCUAUCCCCCGUUCAUGGAGGCGCUAGCCGAGCUGGCGCAGGACGCCAUGCAGUUUGUGUUUGGGACUGAGGGUGAGACCUGCGCAGCGACAUCGCCCUCAGCGCUGGAGUCUCGCUUGGCACUGCCAAGUCAUCCGGUGAGCUCAGGUGCAACUAGAGGCUCCCGUCGGCGUUCAUCGCGCUCAUCACGGCGUUCAUCGCGCUCAUCACGCAUCAGAAACCUGGAGGUGCAGGUGGCGCGUUUGGAAGCCGAAAAGGCUGAGUUCAUGUCUUUCUUUGAGACCUUCACAGAGAAGGCAUUGCGUGAGCAGCAGGACCUGAAGUUUGAAGUACAAGUGCUGUCUGCGCGUGCGGACCUCAUUACGCAGAAUAUGGCCGUGCUGGAGGCGUUUCUGGCUGGACCACUGGCAG